UCAAAGCUGAAAACAUCGAGAAGAACAAUCAAUAGCUGAAUAUUUAUUAUUUCUAUAUUAUUUUGGUGAAGUAAUUAUAUUUAUUCGGAGAUAUCAGGAGAAGGACGGAUACUGAAGAGAGCACUGCGCUAACAUAUUGAAGGAUUUUAUUUUCAUUUCUUACAUUUUGAUCCGUUGUUUCCAAGUUUAAAGGAUUUAUCAUUGAAGAGAUCAUAAAGGUGUAACGUCUCAUAAUGAUGCUCAGCGCACUCUUUUUAUUGUUGAUGCUAUGGAACUGCGAGGGCGUCAGGUUGCCAGCAGAAAAUCGAGAUGACAAUAACAUCUAUGAUUUGUUCGAACUUGCCCAUGUGCCCAACAAACACCAUGGAGUGAGCUUAGUGAAGGGCCCAGAUCCAAACAGUCCUGCUUACAAGAUUCUGAACCCAAACCUGAUCCCCUCAGUUCCCGACAUCUCCUUCAGGGACAUAAUUGAUUCCAUUCAGACAGAAAAGGGAUUUCUUCUUUUGGCUACCUUCAAGCAAGCCAAGAAGACCAGAGGCAGUAUAUUGGUCGUGGAAAAGAAAGACGGCUCCGGACCCAUUUUUGAGAUAAUCUCAAACGGCAAAGCAAACAGCCUGGAUCUGGUAUACACUACCAUGAACAAGCAACAGGUGGUGUCCAUCGACGAUGCCUAUCUGUCCACCGGGGGCUGGAAGAACAUCACCCUUUUCGUGCAGGAAGACCGGGCGCAGUUGUUUGUGGGCUGCGAGGAGGUCAACACUGCGGAGCUGGAUGCGUCCAUCCACAGAAUCCUCGCCCAGGAGAUCAUUGAUAUCGCCAGGAUGAGAAUCGGGAAGGGAGCAGUGAAAGACAGAUUUAUGGGCGUGCUCCAGAAUGUGCGAUUCGUUUUCAGAACCAGUCUUGACGCCAUCCUGCGCAACAUGGGAUGCCAGAGUCAGAGCACCUUGUCAGAGGUCAUAACUUUGGACAAUCCAGUGAAUGGGUCAAGCCCAGCCAUCCGCACUGACUACACUGGCCACAAAACCAAAGAAGUCCAGGGUGUGUGUGGCUUCACUUGUGACGACCUGAACAGCAUGUUUAAUGAGCUAAAGGGACUCGGCUUGAUGGUGAAGAAGCUGACCAAUGAGCUCCAUGAAGUGACUAAAGACAACGAGGUUAUCAUGAGCACAAUGAAGAUCCACAGCGGUGUCUGCCUGCACAACGGCAUCGUCUAUAAUAACCGUGAUGAGUGGACAGUGGACGCUUGCACCGAGUGCACGUGUCAGAACUCUGCCACCUUAUGCCGGAGGAUCUCCUGUCCACUUGUGCCCUGCCAGAAUGCCACCGUGCCCGAGGGACAGUGCUGCCCCCGCUGCGGAGAAAUCGAUCAUGAAGGAGCAGGCUGGUCCCCAUGGUCCGAGUGGACCCAGUGUUCCGUCACCUGCGGAAGGGGCACCCAGACCCGUGGACGCUCCUGCGACCGCAUCACCAACAGCUGUGAGGGCUCAUCUGUGCAGACCCGUGACUGCUUCCUGCAGGAGUGCGACAAGCGCUUCCGACAGGAUGGGGGCUGGAGCCAUUGGUCUCCUUGGUCGUCCUGCUCGGUCACCUGCGGAGAGGGCGUCAUCACCCGCAUCCGUCUCUGCAACUCCCCCACCCCGCAGAUGGGAGGCAAGGAGUGCCAGGGAGAGGGCCGUGAGACCAAGCUCUGCAAGGAAGUGCAGUGUCCGAUCAAUGGAGGCUGGGGCCCCUGGUCCCCAUGGGACACCUGCUCAGUCACCUGCGGUGGUGGAUCCCAGACCAGACAGCGUCUCUGCACUGACCCUGCUCCCAAGUACGGUGGCAAGGACUGCGUGGGCACACCCAAGGAAGAACAGCUGUGCAACAUUGAGCAAUGCCCCAUCGAUGGCUGUCUGUCCAGUCCCUGCUUUGCUGGAACUAAGUGCACCAGUUUUGCUGAUGGAAGCUUCAAGUGUGGUGCAUGCCCACCAGGCUACUCUGGAGAUGGCAGUACCUGCAAGGAUAUUGAUGAGUGUAAACUGGUUCCUGAUGCCUGCUUUGUGCUCAAUGGAGUGCACCGUUGUGAGAACACUGAGCCCGGGUACAACUGCCUCCCAUGCCCCGCACGCUACUCUGGACCUCAUCCCUAUGGCAGGGGUGUGGAGGAGGCCACUAUCAAGAAGCAGGUGUGUCUACCACGCAACCCUUGCAAGGACGGAACCCACGACUGCAACAAGCAUGCCAGCUGCAUCUACCUGGGCAUCUUCUCCGACGCCAUGUACCGCUGCGAGUGCAAACCUGGCUAUGCCGGCAAUGGGCACAUCUGCGGCGAGGACUCUGACCUGGAUGGCUGGCCCAACCGUGACCUCCUUUGUGUUGCCAACGCCACCUAUCAUUGCAAAAAGGACAACUGCCCCAAUCUUCCCAACUCGGGCCAAGAAGACUACGACAAAGACGGGAUUGGCGAUGCUUGCGAUGAUGAUGAUGACAAUGAUGGGAUCCCUGAUGAUAGGGACAACUGCCAGUUUGUCUUCAACCCAACACAGUACGAUGAUGACCGAGAUGAUGUUGGUAACCUCUGCGACAACUGCCCAUAUGAACCCAACACAGAUCAAAUUGACACUGACAACAACGGAGAGGGAGAUGCUUGUGCUAUUGACAUUGAUGGCGAUGGUAUCCUGAACGAGAAGGACAACUGCCCCUACGUGUACAAUGUUGACCAGAGGGACACUGACAGAGAUGGUGUUGGUGACCAUUGUGACAACUGCCCUCUUGAACACAACCCUGACCAGACUGACUCUGAUUCAGACCGUGUUGGGGAUAAAUGUGACAGCAAUGAAGACAUUGAUGAGGACGGUCACCAGAACAACUUGGACAACUGCCCCUACAUUCCCAAUGCCAACCAGGCCGACCAUGACAAAGAUGGCAAGGGAGACGCGUGUGACCAUGAUGACGACAAUGACGGCAUUCCAGAUGAGAAGGACAACUGCAGACUAGCAUUCAACCCUGACCAGAUUGAUUCUGAUGGUGAUGGUCGUGGAGAUGUUUGUAAGGAUGACUUUGACCAAGACAAUGUGCUCGACAUUGACGAUGUGUGCCCUGAGAACUUCGCCAUCAGUGAGACAGAUUUCCGUAGGUUCCAGAUGGUUCCACUGGACCCCACGGGCACCUCUCAGAUCGACCCCAACUGGGUGGUUCGCCACCAGGGCAAAGAGCUGGUGCAGACAGUCAAUUGUGAUCCUGGCAUUGCAGUUGGAUUUGAUGAGUUCAAUGCUGUGGACUUCAGUGGCACCUUUUUCAUCAACACCGACCGUGAUGAUGACUAUGCCGGCUUCGUCUUCGGCUACCAGUCCAGCUCGCGCUUCUACGUGGUGAUGUGGAAACAGAUUACGCAGACCUACUGGUCCCACCAUCCGACCAAAGCACAGGGAUAUUCCGGCCUGUCCAUCAAGGUGGUCAAUUCCACCACUGGACCAGGAGAGCACCUGAGGAACGCCCUGUGGCACACCGGAGACACACCUGGACAGGUGCGCACACUGUGGCACGACCCCAAGAACAUCGGCUGGAAGGACUACACUGCCUACAGAUGGCAUCUGACCCACAGACCCAAGACCGGACACAUCAGAGUGGUCAUGUAUGAAGGCAAGAAGAUCAUGGCUGAUUCUGGAUUCAUCAAUGACAAGACAUAUGCUGGUGGAAGACUAGGUCUUUUUGUCUUCUCUCAGGAGAUGGUUUACUUCUCAGACCUCAAAUACGAAUGCAGAGAUUCAUAAUUCAACCAAGAUGGCCGCCUCCACAUGAAUGUGCCUUUAUGUACAAAUCUAAACAUGUAAUGUAUGUUUUGGACCAUAUAUCUAUCACUCCUCCCUUUGGACCAAGAGAGGGGUGAGUGGCUUUGAAGUUACUUGAUUAAGAGAUGUCUGACGGUUGACUGCUGGAUGAAGAUACUGAAACCCCUGCAUCUUGGCAGGUAGUGCCUUGGGAGGCACAAACUCCCCCCCUCUACUGG